AACGGAGAAAGUUGGCUUCUCGUCUCGCAAUAAAUGCUCAACUCUAACUGGGUCAAAGAUCUCCCUGGUCAGAGAGAGAGAGAGAGGAGGAGGAGGAGGAGGAAGAUACGUCUCGAUUACUAUAGCAGUCUGCUCUUGUCUCGAAUCUCGACUCUUCUCCUACUUCUCUUUUCAUUUAUAGGGUUAGAGAAGGUUAGAGAGAAGCAUUUGUUCUUAUAAUUCUUCCGUUAUACUUUUCGAUUAUUUCGAGAUUUGGUCUAUCCAGUACUUUCUCUAGUCUCUACAUUCGUGCUACCAUGAAUUCUAAUUCGAUCUUCAAAACGAACUCGCUCCAGUCGAUUUUGGGGAUUUCGCUCGGAUCGGAAUCGGUGUCUGAUUCGUUUAUUCUGAUAUUCACUACCUCGGUCGCAGUGCUUGUUGGUCUUGUUUUCUUUAUAUGGAAAAGAUCUUCUGCUCCCGAGAAACCCGCGAAGCCCGUCGUGGUCCUGAAGCCGUCGUCGCUUGAGGAAGAAGACGAAGUCGAAGUCGAUCCGGGGAAGACUAAAGUCACGAUCUUCUUCGGUACCCAGACAGGCACUGCCGAGGGAUUUGCGAAGGCUUUGGCAGAAGAAAUUAGGGCUAGGUACGAUAAAGCAGUCGUCAAAGUUGUUGACCUGGAUGAUUAUGCAGCUGAUGAUGAUCAAUAUGGGGAGAAACUGAAGAAAGAGACUUUGGCCUUUUUCAUUGUAGCUACCUAUGGUGAUGGAGAGCCAACUGACAAUGCAGCAAGAUUUUAUAAGUGGUUUACUGAGGGAGAAGAAAGUGGUGCCUGGCUUCAGCACCUGACAUAUGGUGUUUUUGGUCUGGGUAAUCGACAAUAUGAGCAUUUCAAUAAGGUUGCCAAAGUAGUGGAUGAACAGCUCAGUGGGCAAGGUGCAAAGCGUCUUCUUCCAGUUGGUCUUGGUGAUGAUGAUCAGUGCAUUGAGGAUGAUUUUACUGCAUGGCGAGAGUUGUUGUGGCCAGAAUUGGAUCAAUUACUCCGUAAUGAGGAUGAUGCUAAUACAGUAUCUACUCCAUAUACUGCAACUAUUCCUGAAUAUCGGGUUGUUAUUCAUGAUCCCACUGUUACAGCCUGGGAGGACAAAUACUUGAGCAUGGCAAAUGGGAAUGCUAUCUUUGAUAUUCAUCAUCCUUGCAGAGCCAACGCAUAUGUUCAAAGAGAGCUUCACAAACCGGACUCUGACCGCUCUUGCAUACAUCUGGAGUUUGACAUAUCAGGCACUUGUCUUACAUAUGAAACUGGAGACCAUGUUGGUGUUUAUGCUGAGAAUUGUGAUGAAACCAUUGAAGAAGCAGGGAACUUAUUGGCUCAACCCUUGGAUUUACUGUUUUCAAUUCACACCGACAGAGAAGAUGGCACUUCACUGCCAAGCUCAUUGCCUCCUCCCUUCCCUGGGCCAUGUACCUUGCGCAAUGCACUAGCACGCUAUGCUGAUCUCUUGAAUCCUCCUAGAAAGGCCAGUCUGGUUGCUUUGGCUGCUCAUGCAUCUGAACCCAGUGAAUCAGAAAAACUAAGAUUUUUAGCAUCACCUGAGGGGAAGGAUGAGUAUUCACAGUGGGUUGUUGGGAGUCAGAGGAGUCUACUGGAAGUAAUGGCUGAAUUCCCAUCAGCAAAACCUCCCCUGGGUGUAUUUUUUGCCGCAAUAUCCCCUCGUUUACAACCACGAUACUAUUCAAUUUCAUCCUCUCCAAGAUUGGCACCUUCUAGAAUUCAUGUGACAUGUGCUGUGGUUUAUGGUCCAAGCCCCACUGGGAGGAUUCAUAAGGGAGUGUGUUCAACAUGGAUGAAGUCUGCAGUUCCUUUAGAGAAAAGUCAUGAUUGUAGCUGGGCUCCUAUUUUUGUUAGACCAUCAAAUUUUAAGUUACCGGCUGACCCUUCAGUACCAUUUAUCAUGGUGGGACCUGGUACUGGCUUAGCACCUUUCAGAGGAUUUUUACAGGAAAGACUAGCCCUGAAAGAAAAUGGUGUCCAACUUGGUCCUGCUCUCCUCUUUUUCGGAUGUAGGAACCGCAGAAUGGAUUUUAUUUAUGAGGAUGAACUUAAUAGCUUUGUGGAACAAGGAGUGUUGUCUGAGUUGAUUGUUGCCUUUUCACGUGAAGGGCCAAAUAAGCAAUAUGUUCAACAUAAGAUGAUGGACAAAGCAGCAGACAUAUGGAAUAUAAUAUCCAAGAAUGGAUAUCUCUAUGUAUGUGGAGAUGCAAAGGGAAUGGCUAGAGAUGUCCACCGGACUUUGCAUACCAUUGUUCAAGAGCAGGGAAGUAUGGAUUCAUCCAAGGCUGAAGCUACAGUGAAGAAACUUCAGAUGGAUGGACGGUAUCUAAGGGAUGUCUGGUGAUUUUUUUGGUAUUAUUAUUUCUUUAAAUAGCUGCCUGCUGUAAUGGAGGUGAGCUGUUAAUCAUCUUCGUCAGAAUGUGUUUGUAAGCCUCACUGCCUACACAAGUUCUUUAGCAGAUGUGCUGAUUGCAGAAACAGAAAUUUGGUUUACUGGAGAAGAACAAACAAGUAUCUGCCAAUGAUAUAUGCACUUGGCGUUUCUGUGCUCUUUUCAGAUGCGAAAGGUCAUGUUUGCAGUCAAUGUACUUUAUUAUCUCAGUUCGUAUGAGAAAGCGUCUGAGGUAACAAAAGAUGUUAAACCGACUUUAGGUCUCACAGGUAGUUGCCAGCUGACUGCUGAGGCUUAGAUCUCAGCCUGCUGUUGACAUUAUACAGGGUAGUUUUGUAAGAAUAGUUAGUUUUGUAAGAAUAGUAAUGUUUGUACUGUGUUGUUAGGUACAAGGUAUGGAAUAAAGAUGAUUGCUGGAAUGAUUCUGUUGAUA